UGCCGGUAUAGACGUGCAUGAAGCUGCACAAGAAGCACAUCGUCAGAGCUCCAUGCUGGACUAUUUCUGACCUGACUUCUUUAUAUUUUACAAUCUCCUGAAUCUCAUUCUCCUAUCCUCCAAAGUGCACUGCGUGACAAGUCUUAUUCAUCUUUUUUUGCGGGAGGAAUUACAAGCAGUGACUUCAGGACUGUGGCGGAUAUUAUUUUUUUGCUGUCAGACUAUCUUCUGGCUAUUUUGGACUCCAAUUCCGUGGGAUUUGCACUUGACUGAGUUGACAUUGUGCCGGCAUGGAUUCCUUCAUGGUAGCGGUUCUGGUGCUGUGCUCCCUCACGGCUACAGCACACGGAGACAAAGGCACCAGCAAAGCCAGGAGUUGUUCGGAUAUACGGCACUUUUAUAGCGGCAAAGGCUUCUCCCUGGACGGCAUUCCUCAGUCCGAAAUAUCCGGCGAGCACCUGCACAUCUGUCCCCAGGGUUACACCUGCUGCACCAGCGACAUGGAGGACAACCUGGCCCUGCUGAGCCGAGGGGAGAUGGAGGGACUCCUGAAAGAGGCCGGACGGACUUUACAGGUCUCCCUCACAGGACAGUACAAGGCCUUUGAUGGUUAUUUCCUAGAGUUGCUGAACAGCUCGGCCAUCACACUCCAUGAGACGUUCACUUCCACCUGGGGCUUGCUCUACACCCAGAAUUCUCAAGUGUUCACCGACCUCUACAAAGACUUGAGACUCUACUGCAGAGGUUCCAACAUUAACCUAGAAGACGUGCUGAAUGAAUUCUGGAGCAGGCUUUUAGAGAAAAUCUUCUUCCAUGCAAACAAGCAGUAUUCUAUAGGGGAUGACUACCUGGAGUGUGUAUCUAAACAACUGGAGACACUUCACCCUUUUGGGGAGACGUCGCGUGAUCUCAAGAUGAAGGUCACACGCACAUUUGUGGCCGCUCGUUCCUUUGUUCAAGGACUGGUCGUCAGUGGAGAAGUGGUCCGCAAAGUAUCCCAGGUGCAGCUGAGCCAGGAGUGCAUGCGAGCCAUCAUGAAGAUGACUUACUGUCCCCAUUGCCGAGGUAUGGCCUCUGCGAGACCUUGUGCCAACUACUGCAGCAAUGUCCUGAAGGGCUGUCUGGCCAACCAGGCUGACCUUAACACAGAGUGGCGGCACCUGGCAGAAACUAUGAUGCAAGUGGCCGGCCGCUUCGAUGGACCUUCUGGUGUGGAUGUCGUGGUCCUCUCUCUGCCCUCCCGCAUAUCAGAAGCUAUGCUCACCAUGACGGACAAUAUCGAGUCCAUCAACAGCAAGUUGUUCCAGGCGUGUGGCAGCCUCCGAGAAAAAACAAGCAGCAGCACAGAAGCGGACGUCUUUCCAAAGGAUGAAAAGACGACAACGGAGGACAGGUCGGCAAGCAGUGCGAACAAACUUGGCCGUCUGGUGACUGAUGUAACCGUGAGACUCAGGGACAUGCAGCCAUAUUGGAUUUCUCUUCCAAAAAUGCUCUGUAGCGACAGAGUGGCCACCGGUGCAGGCGCUGAAGACAGGUGCUGGAAUGGCAUGACUCGGGCCAGGUAUCUUCCUGAGGUCAUUGGCGACGGUCUCGCGAGCCAGAUCAACAACCCUGAAGUGGAGAUUGACAUCACUAAGCCCGACAUGACAAUAAGGCAGCAGAUAAUGCAGCUGAAGAUCAUGACACACCGACUGAAGAAUGCUCUCAACGGCAACGACGUGGACUUCCAAGACACCAGUGAUGAUGCCAGUGGUUCUGGAAGCGGCAGCAUUUGUGCCGACGAAAUUUGUUCCCGAGAGCCUCGCCUCGUUGUGCCCAUGACGGAGCAAGCCGAAGUGUACCCCUACCCUCCAGAAAACAAGAAGGUCGUGACAAACUCAAGCAAUCAUAGUCUGCCCUGCGUGGUCACCUAUCUCAUCUCGCUGCUGGUUUUGCUGCUGCGGCGAUAAUUGGCGGUGUGGAGAGCGCAGCCAUGCUUGGACUGAGGUCGAGAGGGACUGGGUUUGGGCUUUGUGAGGGUUCUAAAACGGUGAGGGAGGAGGAGAUGAGAUACAGUAUGUGGGUGUAAGUUACUUUGCCAAAAUGACACAUUAUACUUGGACGGAUUGAUUUAGGGUUCGGAUGAGAAGAAAUGACAAAAAAGCGCUCUAGUCUUUCAUGUCUCGCUAUAAUACGACACCAUUAGAGCUGAUCAUCUAAUCUUUUUAUGUUUAUGGUGUAAUUGGAAAUCUAAUAGGGAGCGGGAGACACUAAAUUCAUUCGUUUAACAGCACUUAGUGAUUUGAUAUUGUUAUUUAUUUGUCAAUGACUGACAGUAGACCCCAGAGUGGAUUCAUUAAUCACUCCAAAAUGUUACCAUAGAACCUCAACCUUAGGCAAACUAACCCGGCGGCACAGCCGUUUGAUGCAUCAAGCCUCAGCAUCAGCACUUCAAAGGUAAUAAUAGCGAUGAUUCAUUUAAAGUGGGAGCAACCUGAGCCCACCCGUGCUCAAUCCAUGCUUCUUUUCACACUCCCACGGCGAGAGCCAGGUCAGCUCUCGAAUGACAGCAACUUUCUAGGCCCCCUCACCCUGUCCUCACAGCCAAGGCUUUGCAGGUCAGAAUUUUGGCUAUCAGAACAGAAGCAGCAGGGGCAGGAAGACAAAAUGCACCCAUGCAAAGAGCCAUGGUUACUGUAAUUUGCAUUUUAAUUGCACAGAUGAUGAUCCAAACAGUCAGUUCAGUGGAAAUCUAUCGUGAGGGGAUUAUUUUGCCACCUCUUCCCUUUGUUGUCAUGACCUUCCAGUUUUACCAUUUUAAAAGAUAUAUAAUCACUCUCACAUUGCGGGGAAGAAGCUUGGAUGGCAAAAGAAUGACGGUACAGUAUUGUAAGAAACAUUAGAAUUACGUGCAACAUUGCUUCUGUUGCACACUGGGACCUUCCACUUUCAACUAUAAAUAAAGCAAGAGUUAAAAGAAUUGUGUUUGGUAACAGUGAUCCUUGCCAAAACAUUUAAAAUCAUAGGAAAACGUGUUUAUCACCCCUUUUGUAAGGAACAUGCACGGAUGGCUGGUUAAUCACUGCUGUGGGAUGUCAAUCAGCCAACAGGGUCGAACACCAACAAAACACCCGAGCUGAUCCCACAAGUGUUUAGUUUGUAGUUUGUCAGUUUAUCUUUUAAAUGAUGCUAAAUUUGUAAGAAACAUGCAUGGAUGCCUGGUCGAACGCUGCUGUGGGAUGGCUGUACACCGCUCAAGCAGGAAGUCAGCCAACAAGGCUUGGUGGUCACGCUUGUACCAACAUAACACCAAAGCUGAUCCCACAAGUGUUUGGUUUGCAGUUUAUCUUUUAAAUAAUGCUUAAUUUGCAAGACGUAUGCAUGGGUGCCUGGUCACACACUGCUGUGGGAUGGCAGUUCACCCCUCAAGCAGGAAGUCAGCUAACAAGGCUGUGGUGGCCACGCUUGCGUCAACAUCGCACCGAAGCAGAUCCCACAAGUGUUUAGUUUGCAGUUUAUCUUUUACAUGAUGCUAAAUUUGCAACAAACAUGCAUGGAUGCCUGGUCACACACUGCUGUGGGAUGGCAGUACACCCCUCAAGCAGGAAGUCAGCUAACAAGGUUGUGGCGGUCACAAGCUUAUCCCAUAAGUGUUUAGUUGGCUGUUUAUUUCCUUUUUAAAUGAUGCCUGGUCACACACUACUAUGGGAUGGCAGUACAUCCCUCAAGCAGGAAGUCAGCCAUCAAGGCUGUGGUGGUCACGCUUGUAUCAACAUACGUAAUACUCAAGCUAAUUCCACAAGUGUUUAGUUGGCUAUUUGUUUCCUUUUUGAAUGAUGUCCUAUGUGCAAGGAACAUGCAUUGAUGCCUGGUCACACACUGCUGUGGGGUGGAAGUCCACUUUCAAGCAAGAAGUCAGGCAACAAGGUUGUGGUGGUCACAAGCUUAUCCCAUAAGUGAUUAAUUGGCUGUUUAUUUCCUUUUUAAAUGAUGCCUGGUCACACACUGCUGUGGGACGGCAAUAUAUAUAAGCAGAAAGACGACUGCAAAGCUGCCUUCACAAGUCGUCAAUUGGGUUGAUGAUAGACCAUUACAUUAUUUCCAUCACCAAAUUGUGGAGAUAGUCGUUCCCACAGUAGUGUAUUUGUUAAAUACCGGGCAUCAUUUAAAAAGGAACUUACCAAAUUUUCCCAUGUUUUUAUUGACAAGACAUAUUAUUAUUAUAACUAAAAUAUACAUAUACACCUGCAGAUGUGAGACAUCAGAAGCACAUUUAAAAAAUGGCUAUGUGUGUGUGUAGGUGUGUGUGUGUGUGUGCAAGAGGGCUUUGCUUGUUUGCCAAAUGCCGGUGGCUGUGUGUAUGAGAGUCUCUCAAUUGAAACUUUUGGAUUUUGUCACUUUGUCCGGUGUUGGGGGUCCAUCUUGGCAUUUCAAAACAAUCAUGUUGGAGAUAGAAGCACCACAUGGGGCUGAUUGUUUUAUAUUUUUUUUGUGCAGCCCCUUGAAAUAAAUAAUUAGAAAAAAAAUGUGGAAGUAAGCAUGAAUCCUUAUAAUCAACGACAAGGGGACUCCCAACUGUGAUGGUGACAUUCCAAUUCGAAUACCACUUCUAUCUUUUUACUUGCCGCUUCACAGUGUGAGCGUUUGAUUUCUUUUGUCAUUGCCUCCUUCUCCUUUUUUGAUUCUACUCAAAGCCGUCCCACUUCCCUCCUUUUUUUUAAGAAAAAAAUUAAAGAAAACCUGCACUUUUACGAGGCCAAUAAGUGGCGUUGUCUGCACAAAGACAUCACAAGACAAGGCCAUCAAUACGCAAAGUCAAUACCGUCUAUAAAAUGACUAUUGAUUUGUGGUAUGCAAAUAAGUAUUGACCUGGAUAUAAGACCAUCUUACAUAUAAGACGACCCGUUUUGGGAAAAAAAAAAAUUUGAAUCCAAAAAUCAUAAUUUUCAGUAUCAUAUAAAAUGAUAUAAUUCUUAGCUGCUGGACAGUUGCCUCAUUGAUGAUCUUAUGAGCACUCUGUUGUUUGUUCACUUUGACACACCCAUUUUUUCCAUUGGGUCUCUGUGUUGCCAGGUCACAGUUGUGUGUAAGUGACGAGAGGAAAAGCUCAGAUAUUCUUAGGGAGAUGUUGCCACCACCUGGUCUGCAUGUAUAAAAUUCUAGUCUCUAAUGUUUUUCAGACAAGGGAGAAAAUGCUGUCUUAUAUUCGGGUCAGUAUGGUAUAAACACAACAGGAGGCUCAAUCCCAUUGAACACAACCUCAACGAUACACAUGAGUGUGAGUCACAUUUUUGGGCUUGUUUUUAUGUACUUUUUUUGUUGUUCUUAUCAGAAAUCUAUGGUGAGGAGAUAUGUCAGAAAGAGAACGAUGCAGAUGUCUUGUUUGCUGUUGUAUCUACAAAAAAAAAAACAACCUUCAGAAUCGUCAAUUAUAUACAUUGUAAGAUUUUCAAA